AUGGUCAGCGACACUGGCUUAAAGAUAACGAGGCGUGCCUCUACAGCGAGGAUGCCUUCUGGAGGGUACCUCUUCGCUGUGGUGAAGGACAAGGUGCAGGAGUACAUCACCAGUGACAAUGGGCGCGACAGCAGACGCAUCAUCAGCUUGGGUAAGGGGGACACGCCGCUACCACUCCCUCCAGUACUCGCAGACUCCAUGGCUGAAUUCUCUAGGAACAUGCAAACACCUGCCGGAUUCGUGGGCUACGACUCGCAGUAUGAGCCAAUUUUACGGCAGCUGAUCUCGGAUAAGUAUUAUGGCAGUCGAUGCCGCGUUGGGGUCCACGAGAUAUUCUGUAACGAUGGUAGCAAGCCGGACAUAGGUCGGCUCCAGCUACUCUUCGACCCAUCCAUGAGGGUCGCAGUGCAAGACCCGGCGUAUCCAGUGUAUGCGGACUCUGCGGUGCUCUCUGGAAGGGUCUCUGGUGAGAUGGAGAGUCAGGGUCAUUAUGAAGACAUAGUGUACAUGCCCUGUACUGUGGAAAACGACUUCUUCCCGGACUUGACUUUGACCCUGGGUACCGAUGGUCAUGCUGGUGCUGAUAUAAUCUACUACUGCAAUCCCAACAACCCGACUGGUGUAUCCACUGGGAGAGAUCAGUUAGAGGAGCUGGUCCGCUUUGCUGUGAAACAUGGGAAGUUGAUCAUCUACGAUGCCGCCUAUGGAAGUUACAUCAGUCCAUCGUCUGACGUACCACGUUCUAUCUACGAAAUCGAGGGCGCGCGAAAAUGUUGUAUCGAAACCAAUUCGUUCAGCAAAUUGGCCAGUUUCACAGGAGUUCGUCUGGGCUGGACUGUUGUGCCGGAGGACCUGCGUUUCACGGACGGGACGCCGUUCCUCACUGACUGGCGAAGGAUCUCCACCACUGUGUUUCAAGGCGCCUCGGCUUUGUCCGUCGCUGGAGGCAUUGCUGUGCUGAACAACCUGUCGGUGGUGAUGGAGAGGGUGGAGUACUAUAUGGCGAAUAUGAAAAUGAUUCGUGAGACUCUGGCCAAAUGCGCAAUACCCUGUUAUGGCGGUGUUGAUGCGCCCUUCGUUUUCGCCAAGUUUGGUGGGAAUUCGUGGACGGCGUUCGACAAGCUACUGCGAGACUGCCAGGAGAAGGCUUUCUGCGGAUAUCUGGUUACGGCACGGCAGAUGAUAUCAAGGAAGCAUGUGAACGAUUGUGUAUUCGCUAGCAGCGAGUAUACCGGCCGAAACAGUGGCUUGGCACUGUUGGUUGUGGGCUUUCCCAACGUCAUUGAUGAGGUUGUCCCCGACGUCCACCAUGCACCCUGGUACAGGGUCCUCCUGCCGAGCACUAGAGGGAACGCUUAG